AUCUGGUCGGUCACCUACCACCUAAGGCAACAAAGUAUCCCAACAAACGACCUCAAAACCAGUCGAGAAUUUGCCGUUGUCUUGGUCGUACUUCCUUAAAUUUGUCUCAUACACAGUCGCCAAACUUACUUCCGACAAACCCUCUUCCCACCUUUGAUCUCGACCCAAACCAAACUCGCUGCCCCACUAUCUAGAGCCGACCGAUAACAUCCCCCAACCAAGAGACCUUGUCUAGACCUACCUAGGACAGCAAUACAUACCAGAUUUGCGGAACAACCAUUCGGUUAUAUCGAGUCUUUCGGGACUGCUUAUACAUAAUACAAAAUGUCUGGAGUCUGGGGCUGGUUUGGGGGGCAGAGUGCUCAGAAGAAGAAAGACUCUCCAAAGAAUGCAAUUUUAGGCUUGAGAUCACAACUGGAGAUGUUGCAGAAGAGAGAGCGACAUCUACAAAAUCAAAUGGAAGAGCAGGAUGCCAUAGCCAGGAAGAAUAUUGCCACUAAUAAGACUGGUACGAAUCUCCUUUCCCUGGGGGUCCUCCCUUUAUUCCUUGUCACAGCCUUAUACCUAUUAUAUCUUUCACCUCUCACCUCUCACCUCUCUGAUGUAUGACUUACAAAUAUUUCCAAAAAGCUGCCAAGGCUGCAUUGCGACGUAAGAAGCAGCACGAACAUACCCUCGAGCAAACCUCCUCCCAAAUUGCGACAUUAGAGCAACAAGUCUUCUCUAUUGAAGCAGCAAACAUUAAUAGAGAAACCCUGGUAGCGAUGGAGAAGGCUGGAAAGGCUAUGGCAGAUAUCCACAGUGGUCUUAAUAUUGAUAAGGUGGAUGAGACUAUGUAUGUUGAAUAUUUGUGGUUCACUAUUCCGAGGCCAGACACUGACAAAUUUGAUUAUAGGGAGAAGCUCCGUGAACAACAUGCACUUGGAGAAGAGAUCUCUAAUGCUAUCACAAGUGCACCAAUGGGUGAGACAUAUGACGAAGGCGAGUUGGAAGAUGAGCUGGCAGAACUCGAGCAAGAAGCUCUUGAUAACAAGAUGUUGGAUUCCGGAAACGUUCCCGUAUCGGACCAGGUCCACAGAUUACCAGCUGCAGUUAAUCCCGAGAGUAAGUACACCUUGUCCGUUUUGUCUCUUAUUCCGUUGCUAAUAAGAUCCGCAGUCAAAUCCAAGGCGCCAAUGCAAUCGGCAGAGAUAGACGACGAGGAAGAGGAGCUACGAAAGCUGCAGGCGGAGAUGGCCAUGUGAUGAUGUGAUAAAGGGCUACCUCUCGCUCCUGCGUUACACGAGCCGUCUUAUCAUUUUUCGAGAUUUGCUUUGCUGGGACUUGCAUAGUCAUUUGGGGGUAAUUUGCUGGUGAUUGGGAAGUUUGGAUGGAUUCAUAUCAGACGCUUAAGAUUCCUGAUCCACAUUUUGCGUGGCGUUUAGGAUUCGGUCUCCUCUGUACACACUUUUACAAUCAAUACCAAGUCGUUCUUCACCGA